AUGGCCUCAGCAGUAACAGAUUACUGUAGAACACUUGUAAGUGCUCAAAGUCUCUUUUACGUCCGAAAUGCUUUUUGUUUACCUUGAAUUCUUCUGUCUUUAGGGAGCGGAUGGGAGGCAACUUCGACUCGCAGGCCAUGUUGGAUUUGACAGCUUACCCGACCAGCUCGUGAAUAAAUCAGUCAAUAGAGGCUUUGCUUUUAAUAUUCUCUGUAUAGGUGAGUAAAAGGUUAUUCUUUAAAACCUUCAUUUUAAAUUUGCUCUCUUUGUUUUGUUUCUUUUUUGGGGAGAGAGCGAAAAACGCCGAUACAAUCAUCUGUCAAAUCAAAAGCGAGUACGUGAGGAAGAGUGGUAUUAGCCCCGUAGUUGUCUGUAUGAUUUUAUCUCGGUUUUUUUUUUGCACGAACGUUCAGAUUCCUUUAUCUUUCCUUUGUUUUUCAGGCGAAACAGGAAUCGGAAAAUCGACUCUAAUGGAUUGCCUUUUUAAGACUGCUUUUGAAGGUGUGUGUACAUGUAAUUGAGCGUGAGAAAGUAAUGUAAGCUGAAGUCUUACAUAUCGUCUUUAAAUUCCGCACGAGCCUUUGAGUUUACUCAGAGGAAGUGAGUAAGCGUGCCUAGUGCAAUAUUUAUAGUUCGAAUAUUUUUGUGAUAGGCGCGGCUAUUCUCUCAAAACUAGUAAAUUUUGCAUGACUGAAAACCCAGCUGUACUUGAAGGAGACAUGGUAAUUUAUUUCCUUUGUGCUACUACCUGUAGCUGUAUAGUGUACAUUGAAAACAAAUAAAAAUAAUUGAAAUUGUUGAUCUGAUUUAUAAGCUUAGGGUGACUUUCAAGUCACUGUUAACCCACCAGCAAGGCUAUAACAGUUUUUGUGAAACCAUGCAUACAUGUAUACAGGAAAUCGUUUGGUAGAGUCUUCUAUGGAUUUAUUUUAGUGGUGAAAACAGAAGAAGCAGAGGACACCUGUUGAUCAAGUAGAAUUAUAUUUAACAUGCAGAUGCUAUAAUCCAUUUCAUAAAAGGUGGACACUCUCAAUGUACAAUGAUUGUACAUAUGCAUUAUCCUUGAUUUCUGUGUAACAUUAAAAUAAUGUUACUGCUACAAAAUACAUGUAUAUCUAGGAAAUAAAUUAUUAUUGUUUUGUGGAUUGUGAAACAAUCGCUAGCAUCUCUACUACAUUUUUUGAUGUUUUAACAAUUUGCUUCUUAAAUUUUAGCCCAGUAGGUAAGGGACCAUUAAUUUUAUGGCCAGUUAGGCAAAAAAUUUUCAUGAGAGGUGCACUUUCCCGGGGGGAAGGGGGUAUUGGAGUGAGGGACAUGGCCCCGCCCUCCCUGGGAAAUUUAGGUGCUAAGUUCUCUGAAACGUCAUUCCCUCAUUUUAAGACCUAUUUUACACAAAUCGGCCGUUGUUACCUUAAGACAAUAAUUUAAAACCUUUGAUAUAUUUCCAAUAAUUUCAUUCUGUCUUCAAUAUUCUUUUUCUAAAAUGGGUGGCCCAUAAAAAGAAAAGCUGUGUAUACUUUACUACUUUUCCGUAUUUAUUUAUUCAUUUUCCUUCUGAGAAUCUAAUCCGAUCACAACUUCCUUUUUUUAAAAUCUACUUAUUUAAUUUUAGUAAACCCUUAGGUGGGUUCAGGUGGUAAGAAGUGUUGCUUCAGGCGGUAAAUUUUACUGGUUACAGCCUGAUCAGGAAAACGCUGUUGUGAUAUUGUGUGUUAACAAUACAAACCUUAAUACCGAUAAUUCUUUUCAGGUCUCCCUCAUUCACAUAAGCUUCCAGGGGUCCAAGUGGAACACCACACAUAUGGUGAGUGUGAGGAAGGGUUCAGGUAGCAAAACAGUAAUUUUCAGGUUUUCUUUUCUUGCAUACAUAACUGUGAUAAAUCUUUUUCACACUGUUAAAAUAUAUGAAAAAAAACUUAAUGUUUACUUUCAUGUUGUAAAAACUGCUAUGAAACAUUCCAAGCUUGAUACUGGUGUACACAAUACAUGUAGCCCAGUGUUAACUGCUGCUGCACUGCAACGGUAAUGCAGGAGGCCCUCUUAAUUUUUUUUUUCAUUGGAUACAAAAUAUAUACAGUGUAUAUAUAAAUAUAUACUGACAUCUCAAUUUGGCCCAGGAAGCUCCAUUUCAACCAUCUUUAUAUACGGCCUAUUAAGGCUGGUUAAGGCAUGAUAACUGCACUUGGUUGAAUACAUACAUACAUACAUACAUACAUACAUGUUUUAUUUAUUUGGAGUCUUGUACAAUAAAUAGUAUAUCAACUAUAUAUUUCCAAGUAACUAAAAUUACAAAAAACAAAAAAAAGUUACAUGUACAUGUACAUCUGUAUUGCGUUGUAGUUAUUUUUUUAUCUCAGGUAAUUUUUGUUUUUCUUUUGUUUUAAAGGUAUGGUAAUGUAUGCUAAUGAAGUUGAAACAAAAGGAAAGUAAAAAUUACCUGCAAUACAAAGUUAACUACAACAUAUAUGUUGGUGAAAAUUGGAAGCUAAUUUGAUCUUUC